UCUGUUUAUUGCAGCAAUGAUGCAGUUGUAAUUUCUGGAAGGAAGCUGGCCCGGCAGAUCAGACAGGAAGCCCGUCAUGAGGUGGAACAGUGGGUAGCGGCUGGAAACAAGAGACCUCACCUCAGUGUUGUUCUUGUUGGUGAAAAUCCUGCAAGCCACUCCUAUGUACUGAACAAAACCAAAGCAGCUGCUGACGUAGGAAUCAGCAGUGAAACAAUCCUCAGGCCAGCUUCUAUUACUGAAGAGGAGCUACUGGAUUUGAUUAGCAAACUAAAUAAUGAUGCCAAUGUGGAUGGCCUGUUAGUGCAGCUUCCUCUGCCUGAACAUAUUGAUGAGCGAAAGGUUUGCAAUGCUGUGACCCCAGACAAAGAUGUUGAUGGCUUUCACGUGAUAAAUGUGGGGCGUAUGUGCCUUGACCAGUACUCCAUGCUGCCAGCUACCCCGUGGGGGGUGUGGGAGAUCAUCAAGAGGACUGGCAUCCCGACGCUGGGGAAGAACGUGGUGGUGGCUGGCAGGUCGAAGAAUGUGGGAAUGCCCAUUGCCAUGUUGCUGCAUACAGAUGGCAGGCACGAGCGCCCAGGAGGUGAUGCCACAGUAACAAUAUCUCACCGCUACACUCCCAAGGAGCAGCUGAAGCAACACACAAUUCGGGCUGAUAUUGUGGUAGCAGCAGCAGGCAUACCCAAUCUGAUUACAGCUGACAUGAUCAAAGAAGGAGCUGCAGUUAUUGAUGUGGGCAUAACUAGAGUGCAGGAUCCUGUCACUGCCAAACACAAACUGGUUGGAGAUGUGGAUUUUGAAGGGGUGAAGAAGAAAGCCAGCUACAUCACUCCAGUCCCUGGGGGAGUUGGGCCCAUGACAGUUGCCAUGCUGAUGAAGAACACCAUCAUAGCUGCCAAGAAGCUGUUGCAGCCCAAAGAGCUGAAAACACUAACUGUUUAAUGUGGGACUCGCUUUAGCACUGAAAACAACAUUCCAGUUUGACUCCCAAGCAGGCCGAUAGAAAAUGCAAUAUUUAUUUAUUGUCUGGAAGUGAAUUUACUAUUCUGAGGUCAUAGAUAUUUAUUUGAAACUGAAGUGUACGUGCAUUAGUUGUACUAAGGCAUGAGCAUCUAAACUCCUGGCCUACUCAUGCGGUGUGUAAUGACUUCCAGCAAAGCUGCUUUGUUUAAGCUAGCUCUUCUCUAAGAAGUCAAACCUGUAGCCUGCACCUCUCUCGCAGGCACUAGGGAGCAGUCUGGAUUCUGGGUGUGCAGCUCCUGCAGGAGCUUAACAUGGUGCUAGCAAUCCUAUGUGAGGCAGAGUACUGCUCCACAGUGCCAAACUGGCCUUCAUGGUUCUGUUCUCACAAAUGCCCAGUCUAGGCUGACUGCUCGCAUUUGACUUGCUCUGAACUCUUUUACUCAACUCAGCUGUUUAGUUUGAGUUAAGCUGUUUUGUAGAACAAGUUACUUGAAACAAGCCAUAUGCCCCUUCUCAGCCUGUCCAGGUCCCUGAGCACUGGCAGAUCAGGUGUAACAUGUUCUUCUAGUAUGCAGCUAAGCUGGUAUUUGCUAGUUGGAUGGUGACUUUUAAACCCCCUCCUUUCCCUCCCCCCCAAACCAAAGAACAAGAGGGGGCAGUUGGUGACCACACUGAACACAUGAAGUUUUCCUGGACUAGAUUGUAAAGCAUGCAAGUACUUAGCCUGGAUAAUUCACUAACACUGAAUAAAGUAUGAGGAGGGGGGGGGAAAAAAACCCUUACUUGUGUCCUAGAAUUAUUUCCAAGCAAGCUAGACUGCUGUUGGAGUUGGUGCUGCCCUCAGAAAAGGAGAGCUGCCCCCAGCUAAUGGGUUACUUUGGCAUUAGCACUAUUAGCUCCCUUGGCACAGGGGCCAGUCUGGCUUUUCCCUUGACUUCAGCAAGGCACAAAUGCUACAUGCUGUUCACUCACCUUGGAAGUAAGAAGCCUUUGAGUUUAAUGGCUGGACAUUUUGUUCAGCCUCUAAAAUUUUUCCCUUUGUUCCCUAACAGCUGCCAUAGCUGUGCAAGAAGAAAAUGAUAACACUGAGUGUAAACUUACCUUCCUCCACCAUACCAGUGCUGCAAGCUAUGAUUAUCCACUUAAAGUUAACCUUACCUGGGGGCAAUGCCUCCAGAAGCCUGAAAAAACUUGUGUGCAGCAUUACUCUGGUGCGCUGAAGUGUAUCUUGGCUUCUUCCUGGAGGAGAUGGGUGCAUAGAUAACACCUGGGAGAAAAGCAUGCAGCUGCAUGUCUGCUGGGAGCCUGAUACUGCUUUUCUGUGAACAAAAAUGUUUGUUUUGAACUUAAAGCACUGCUCUCAUGCCCUAGUUGGAGCCACAGUUGAGUCACUGCUAACCCCACUAGCAAAAUUCAUUGCUCCUUCCUGUAGCAGAGGGGAUAACACAAAGCAAGGAGCAACUUGGAAAGAAGUCUGGGGUUAGAAGACUUGGCUUGGGCCAGAAACACACUAAGAGCUGAGAAUAAUUUAAAUGAGAUUUAUUGGGGUGUAGUAAUGACAAAUACAAAAAUGGCUAAAGUGGUACUGUAACAGAGGCUGCAAGUUUGUUACGCUCCGGUGCUGUCUUAUACAAAAAAAAGUAGAAACCACAUGUGAAACUGCAAAAAAAAAAAAAAAAAUCACAAAUUCAGUUGAAACAAGCUGUGCUCUAUGAAACAUCUACAAGAGCCCACCAAGCCUUUCCACGGGUGCUGUAGAGCAGACCUGACAUACCGGAUAAAGCGAGUGAACUCCUUCAAAAGCAAUUAAAAAAAAAUCAUAAAGCCUACCUGUACUGCACAUCAGCUACCACACAUGAGAUCGGUACAAAACACUAGAAAAUACACGAGGCAUUCAAGUUCAAAUAGUUGUUAACGUAAAGCUAAGUGGCUCUUGCUUAAGUGUCAG